AUGAAAAUACUAUUGAUUCUCUUUCUUGCAGUGUCACUCGUCGUAUGCGAAGCUCAAACCGAUUACUGUCAACUCCCGAUCGAACCAGGUCCAUGUCGUGCUUACCUACCUCGAUGGGCCAUGAAUAGCAAGACAGGCCAAUGCGAGGUGUUUAUCUACGGUGGUUGUAGAGGCAACAAAAACAACUUUAAAACACUGGAAGAAUGCGAGACUCUACAUAAGGACUGUAUGGAUCCAAUCGAAACAGGAAGAGGAAGAGCCUACUUUCAACGAUAUGGUUAUGAUCAAUCAACUCAAAAGUGUCGACAGUUCAUCUGGGGUGGUUGUGAUGCCAAUCGAAACAACUUUGAAACUCUAGAGGAAUGUCAGUCAAAGUGUGAACACGGAAAAUCUCAUUGUGCAAUAAUUUGA